UCAUAAAGUAUAAUUGCUGGUUUGCACAUUUUAAUGUUUGUUCUUUCCUUUCCCUUAACUGUAGUUUUUUUUUAUUUUAACCCUCGUGAUUUACUAUGAACCAGUAACAUUUGAUAUGCUGUGAGCAGGAUAUAAACAUACAGAAUCCAGGUCCUCCAGUUUGCACUAAGGGACUAUAUUCAAUACUGGUAUUAUACCCUGAGUGACGAUGAAUCUUUUUUACUCGAAGUCAGACAAACUAUUCAAAAUGCACUUAUCGAGUUUGCCAUAAGGUCAAAAGAGGUAGACUGGCAACCUUAUUUCACUACAAGAUUGGUAGAUGGCUUUGCUACGCAUCUCCAUGUUUUCAGAAAAGCUCAACCAAGGACAGAAGAUUCAAGACAAAAAAAAGAUACAUCCGAAGAAUUAAUUGAAACCUUCUUUGAAGUUGAGGUGGAAAUGGAGAAAGAUGUCUGCCGCGAUCUAAUUUGUACUUCAACUAAAGAUGAAGAAGCGUUCCUGAGAGAUCUUUGUGAAGUUUUAUUAUAUUUGCUUCUACCUCCUGGAGACUUCCAUAACAAAAACAUGAGAUACUUCCUGAGGGAAAUCCUAGCAAAAGGAAUUCUUCUUCCAUUAAUCAACCAGUUCAGCGAUCCAGACUACAUUAAUCAGUAUAUUAUAUGGAUGAUUCGUGAUACUAAUUGUAAUUAUGAAGCCUUUAUGAACGUUAUCAAAUUAAGUGACAAAGUGGCAGAACUCGAAGCAGUGAGAGAUAAAGCGGCGGAGGAGCUACAAUAUCUUCGAUCUUUGGAUACAGUUGGUGAUGAUAUAAACACUAUAAAGAAUCAAAUAAACAGCUUACUAUUUGUGAAGAAACUUUGUGAAACAAGAAUACAAAGGUUAAACUCAGGAAAGGAAGUAGAUACCCUCAAACUUGCAACAAAUUUUGGCAAACUUUGCACAAUUCCCUUAGACAGUAUUCUUGUGAGCAAUGUUGCAUUACAGUUUUUCAUGGAUUAUAUGCAACAGACUGGGGGACAGGCCCAUCUCUUCUUCUGGUUAACUGUGGAAGGCUACCGAGUUACUGCACAGCAGCAGCUGGAAGUGUUACGCAGCCCACAAAGAGAUGGAAAAAGGCAGAACAACCAGACCAAAGGAUUGCUGCAUGUAGCAGCUGUUGGUGUUUAUGAACAGUAUUUAUCAGAGAAGGCAUCUCCAAGAGUCCAUGUAGAUGAUAAUUUGGUCGCUAAAUUGGCAGAGAAGUUAAAUCAUGAAGAUCCUACUCCAGAAAUAUUUGAUGACAUUCAAAGAAAAGUCUAUGAUAUGAUGCUGAAAGAAGAACGAUUCUACCCCUCUUUCAGGCAAAACCUGCUUUAUGUGCGGAUGUUGGCUGAGCUAGACAUGUUGAAAGACCCAAGUAUCAGAGGGUCAGAUGACGGAGACUUGGAAUCCUUCAAUGGCUCCCCAACUGGCAGCUUAAACUCGUCUCUGGAUGAUCUUUCAAAUGCUAGUUCUGAAGACUCAUUGCAACUACAAGCAUAUAUUAGUGAUACCGGAGUAUGCAAUGACCAUGGCAAGACGUACGCUCUCUAUGCAAUCACUGUCACGAGGAGAAACCCAGAUGGCAUUGAGGACAUGUGGAAGACCUACCGCCGCUACAGUGACUUCCAUGACUUUCACAUGCGGAUCACGGAGCAGUUUGAAAACGUUUCAAGUUUAAAACUGCCAGGAAAAAAGACAUUUAAUAACAUGGACAAAGAUUUCCUGGAAAGAAGAAAAAAAGAUCUUAAUGCCUAUCUACAGUUAUUGUUGAACCCUGAAACAAUAAAAGGUUGUCCAGCUUUGGUCCCAUAUGUGAAUGACUUUCUGGAAAAUAAAGCUUAUAAAGGAAAGGGUGACUUUGCUCGUAAGAUGGAUACCCUUGUGAAUCCGCUUCGUAACUCGAUGAGAAACGUUUCAAAUGCCGUUAAGUCUUUUCCAGACAGCCUGGCAGAAGGAAUGACAAAAGUGUCAGACAACAUGGGGAAAAUGUCUGAUAAACUGGGACAUGAACUCAAGCACAGCAUUUUAAAGGUUCCACCAUUGAAGCCAGAAGAAGAUUUUGAACAUAUUCGUGUUUCUGUCCUGCUGGAUGACAAUGUUGAUGAUAAUAUUCCUCUCAAAGUUAUGCUCCUCCUAAUGGAUGAAGUGUUUGAUUUGAAAGAAAGAAACCACUGGUUGAGAAGGAACAUCAAAAAUUUGCUUCAGCAGCUUAUCCGAGCCACCUAUGGAGAUACAAUCAACAGAAAAAUUGUAGACCAUGUUGAUUGGAUGACUUCCCCAGAGCAAGUGGCAGAAACUGUGAAACGGUUCAGAGAUUCAUUUUGGCCCAAUAGUAUCUUAGCAGAGACUCCACCACUCAGGGAAAAGGAGAUACGAAUGAGGACAAGAGUUGCUGCUAAGACAAAGAUGCUGGUAAUUAUGCCAGAUGAGCUAAAACAUAUUAUUGGAGCUGAAACUGCACGGAAGGGCAUUCUGCGAGUCUUUGAAAUGUUCCAGCACAACCAGUUAAACCGUAGGCUGGUCCACGUCUUUCUAGAGGGCUUCCUGGAAACGCUUUUUCCUCAGUACAAAUUUCACGAGCUCUUCAUCAAAUUGCAUUCUCGAUCUGAGCGGAUACAAAAAUACAAGCAAAAAUUCCCGUCUGCUCAAGUUCCUUCUUCUCAAAAGAGGUGACGCUUCCAAACCUGAAAACUCUGCCCUUUGGACAUUGUCUUGUGUACCUGCCCUAUGACCAAUCUAUGUUGCAACAGUUUCUCUGGGGCUCUGAUACACGCACAGCUCUGAUUACAAUGCGAUCCUCUUUGUGCCAGCAUCUAAAGCCACACCUCAGUGGCUUACUUCAGAAGAUAUUGUGUGAUUCUGCUGUUCUUGAUUUCAAAAUGCACUUUUUUCUCAUAAUAUCCCUGUAUACCGGAACUGGUUUACAUUUGUUAUUACAUUUGUUCAAAACUCACCAUUGAGAAAGGUGUAUCCAUUUUUCAUAGAUGUGUCCAUUUGCAGAUGUUUGAAAGAUGCUUCUUUUCAGUUGUUCCCUUGUAGCUUGCUGGCAUUGAAAGUGGAGAUUCAGUCCCUGAGCCAGUUAAUGGGAGUAGCAGCAUUGCUUUAUAAGGAUAGAGCAAAGCACAAUUAUAAUUUUGUAUUUGAUUGAUAUUAAUGUUCUGAAGUUGAAAAAUAUCCUGCACAAUUUAAAUGUACGUGCAAGUUUGAGAGAAUGUGAUGGUAAUAGAAAUUGGUUUUAAAAAGAAAGCAUUAUAAGAGUUUGGAAAUGAAAGGCCCCAGAGAGUAUGGAUGAACAUUCCUGGUGGCAGGAAUACUUUUCUAGGGUUUUAGGUUAAUUGGAUAUGAUCUGAUUUCACUGGAAAGUCAUUGCUUAAUCUGAGAACCACAAGCUGGGUUGAUUUGUACCCCACUGUUGCACUCCCGGGAACAGAACUGAAUGGAGAAGAAUGUUCUUUUGCAUUCAUUUGUGUUUGAUCCAUUAUUUAAGGAGAUACUGAGCCGUGUGUUUUCAUACAACUAUAAAGUCUUCAGAGAUGAUUGUAGCUUUUAUUGUACAGAGAUUUUAAUUCUAAUUCAGAGUUGGGUGUGUCAAAAGUACAAAUAUGUGCUCUGAUUAGUCUUGGAAAAGAAUUGAUCAAUAUAGCAUUGUCGCUCUAGCAAAUCUAAUUGAGUAGCCUUAAAUGCUCUGUUUAAAAAUACAGUUUACUUACUUUAAUCUGUUGAGACUCUCUCUUGCUGCUGGUUCUCACUAAUGUACUGGUAAAUAUUGCCACAGAAAUAAAGUGCCGAUUUCUACAGUCGUCAAAAAAAAUGAUCUGUAAUGGCAUUAUAUAUACUAUGAAAUUUUGUUUCUGGCAAAGAUCUUUGACAGCUAAUUUAAUGAGGCCCCAACCACCUAGUUUAUACUGAAAUUUUAAUUUUGUGCAAUAUUUCUUUAGCAUACGUGCAUUUAAAUAGAUUGUAUAAUGAAAUAUUUUAAUGUUUUGAAAUGUAUGUUUAACAUUCUUAUUAACCCAACAACUUGCAUUCUGUUGUUGAUGCAUUGGUUUAUUUAAGGACUUGUUUUAAAAGUCUUGUUAGUCACUCCUUGUAAGACUCACUUGUCACGGAUGAGGUUUCCUCAUCCGAGCACGGCUUGUAAACUACAGGGGAAAUCGAAGAAAGCACAUGGUAAAUACCUGUUAAUGAAUUUGUGCAUAUCAUUGUACAGUGUCAACAGUGUGCCUAAUUGUACUGUCAAUUUUGUUUCUUAUUCUGUAAUGAAAGAACAAAUGUAAAUCAGAAUGUUAUGGUGGUUUUUAAUAGACUGAAGAA